CGGGGACAACGGAAUGGGAACUGGACCUUGCACCGGAAGUGGAUCUUCUUAAGGAGGACGGCACGGAGUGCUUACACAGAGUCAUGUCACUGGAGUUCAAGGACCAUAAUCAAGUACUAUGGGCCUUGCUCCAAAACCUUAUAUUUCUAGUUUCCAGCUCCUCUUGCCGAUUUACCUCCUAAACAUGGAACCUUUCAUAUAGGCGUUGAUCUACAGUUUUCUCACCGAAUUGCUCUACGGUUCGCCGAUUGGAUCCCGCCAAUUUUGGUCCGCUUGUUCGCUUGAUACCAACGGUCCCAAGAAUCAGUACACUAAUAUGCAAGACCGCGGAGGGCAAAUUGCAGCCGUUGCCAUAACUUUCCUCAUCCUUUCGUGGGUGACCGUUGGAUUACGGUGCUAUGUCAGAACAUUCCUCGUGAAAGGGUUUGGCCUGGACGACAAGAUGAUGAUCGUAACACUCGCCUUCUUCACGGCAUACCUCGCAUGCCAAAUCGGCGGUGCCGUACACGGAUCCGGUGCGCAUCGUGAGAAUCUUACAGAUGAGCAAGCGCAGACUGCUCUCCAUUACUGGUUCUUCUGCGAAGUGUUCUACACCAUCUCUACGUCAAUCUUCAAGAUAGCCAUCGGCCUGUUCCUGCUACGCAUUACAGUUGCCCCACUUCACAUCUGGAUCAUUUGGUUCAUCAUGGCCGUAUCAGCAGUAGUCGGCGCCUCAUACACAUUGCUGGUACUAUUGCAGUGCAGGCCCAUGUCCUUCUGGUGGGAUCUGAAUCCUGACCACACCGGCACCUGUAUUCCGGCAACGUUGGUCAUGUACUUGACAUACGCUGUCUCAGCGCUGAACUCAGUCGCUGACUGGACUUUUGGCAUACUACCCAUCUUCGUUGUAAAAGACUUGCAGAUGAAGCGCCGCGUCAAGGUCAUCGUCAGCGGAAUUAUCGGCCUUGCCGCAAUUGGCUCAACAGCAACUAUUAUCCGCCUCCCCUACACCUCAAGCCUCGGUCAAUACAAAGGCGACUUUCUCUACCGCACUACCGACUUCGCAAUCUGGACUACCGUAGAAGUCGGCAUCGGGAUAACAGCGGGCUGCAUCGCGACGCUCAAGCCCCUCUUCAAAGCGGUCCUGGGCUCCACGGGCCAAAACUCCGGCAUGCCAUGGUCCAAGGGUCCGGCAGGCUUUCAAUCGAAAAUUGGUGGAAGCUUUGGUACCCAGCAGGCUCUCGAGGACCUGCGGCCUGCCGGCGAAAGAACGAUCCGGACUACCACCGUCACCGGCGGGCGCGGGAGCAGCAGCGAUGAGGAAAACUUUCUGGAUACAGGGGCGCCGGAGGAGCGGUGGGAGGGUAUACGGAAGGGCGUCACUACAACAGUUACAUCUAUUGAAGUCAAACCCGAGAAGACGGGAGCUAAGGUAUCAGGGGACUAUACUCAUGGGAUGCCAAAGGCGGACAAGCGGAGGAGUCUUAGUCUGGGGCAGCGCAGCAAUAGUACGCUCGAUGAAGGGGAGAGAAAACCUGUUGGGACAUUUAAUCCGUUUCAGUAGAUCUGGAUAAUUGUACAAUGAAUUAAUAAUGCACACUCG